GGUCUUUCUGCUACGAUAGUGAUUAUAACUCUGCAGUUCUCAUCCACAUUGGGUGUGGAGAUCCCGGAGAUUGAACCAGCAUCACCGCGGACUCCGGGGUUAUAAAGUCCAAGCUGACCUCGGAAGUCGGACGCGCCCGGGUCUGAGAAGGGGGUGAUGGUGCCGGGCACGCUGCUGCUUCUGCUGCUGGCGGCUGUCCUGGCCCCGACCCAGACCAGGGCAGGCUCGCACUCGCUGAGGAAUUUCUACACCAUCGUGUCCCGGCCUGGCGUCGGGGAGCCCCGGUUCAUUGUCGUCGGCUACGUGGACGACACCCAGUUCGUGCGCUUCGACAGCUAUGCGGAGGCUCCCAGAUACGAGCCCCGGGUGCCGUGGCUGGAGAAGGAGUGGCCGGAGUAUUGGGAGAGGAACACACGGAAAGCCAAGGACAGCGAGCAGAUUUUCCGAGUGAGCCUGAGGUCCCUGCUUGGCUACUACAACCAGUCCGAGGGCGGCUCUCACACCAUCCAGCUCAUGUACGGCUGUCACGUGGGGUCGGAUGGGCGCCUCCUCCGUGGGUACCAUCAAUAUGCCUACGAUGGCGAGGAUUACAUAGCCCUGAACGACGACCUGAAGACCUGGACGGCUGUGGACACAGCAGCCCAGAUCUCCAGGCACAAUUUGCAGCAGGCUGGUGCCACAGAGAGAUACAGGGCCUACCUGGAAGGCGAGUGCGUGGAGUGGCUCCACAGACACCUGGAGACCGGGAAGGACCACCUGCUGCGCACAGAUCCCCCAAAGGCACAUGUGACCCAUCAUCCUGGAUCUAAAGAUGAUGUCACCCUGAGGUGCUGGGCCCUGGGUUUCUACCCUGCUGCCAUCACCCUGACCUGGCAGAAGGAGGAGGAGGAACAGACUCAGGACAUGGAGCUGGUGGAGACCAGACCUUCUGGGGAUGGAACCUUCCAGAAGUGGGCAUCUCUGGUAGUGCCUUCUGGGGAGGAACAGAAAUACACAUGCCACGUGCAGCAUGAGGGGCUGCCUGAGCCCCUCACCCUGAGAUGGGAGCCUCCUCAGUCCACUGUCCCCAUCAUGGCAGUCAUUGCUGUUCUGGUCCUCCUUGGAGUUGGGACUAUCAUUGGAGCCUUGGUGAUUGUUGUGAGGAAGAUGAGGAGAAACACGGGUGGAAAAGGAGGGAAGUAUGCUCCCACUCCAGGCAGGGACAGUUCCCAGAGUUCGGAUAUGUCUCUCCCAGACUGUGAAGCUUGAAGACAGCUGCCUGGCAUGGACAGGGUGGCAUUGUGUUCAGAGCUGUCCUGUGACUCCCUGCAACAGUGUCUCAUGAUCCCUGUGAUCCUUCUGGGCUCAAUGUGAAGAACUGGGAGCUCAGCCCAGCCCUGCACACCAGGACCCUGUCCCUGCGCUGCCUGUGUUCCCUUCCACAGUCAACCCUUCUGUUCCAGCAGACAGGAGAGGCCAUCUCCAUCCUCCAUGCUGCCCUGAACUGCAGCCCCUGACUACCCCGCUGAAAAUAAGAAUCUCAAUUUGAACUUGAUUGUUGACAUCAUUGGUCUGACAGGUUGAUUGGCUGUUAAAUAAAUUAAGAGUUUGUGGAGGCA